AAUACCAAGAAGAUGAAUCGCCAGUUAUCUGGAAAUACCAAGAAGAGGAACUAUGCCAGCUAUGAAUCAAGACAGUUAAAAGAUCUUUGGAAACCAUGAAAAUUGUAGCAGCAACCCAAGCAACUGCCAUCUAUCUGAAAAUAAUACCAGGAAAAUCCUGAAAUAACAGCCACCUCCUACAAGCAAGAAAAAUUUGACUGUGGCUGCAAGUGGAAAAAUUUGGAAAGCCAGCAAUUAAUGCCAUGUCCAGGUGUGACAGUCGGCCUGCGUGAGGUCAUCUCUUCACCUUCAACAAAGCACACACACACACUUAGCCUGGCCCUGGAAUUGCAAACAUUGUAUCAUUCUAGUCCAGCUACCCUCACCCUGUGCUAAUUCCAAGUUUUAACCUACCAGCCUACCAGCCUGAGUACCAGAACAAGUUUUGCUGAGGUUGAAGUAGAUAUAUUGAAUUAAAAUGCAAGACGAUGCAGCAUCUACGUCCCAAACACCCAGUGUGUAUGGAAGUUCAUAUUCAGAAGAAGAAAAGAGGAUUCUGGCACUCUGUGAGCAGUUCAAGCAAGGCAUCACAGUAUCCGUCAUAGAGAAUGAUAUGCCUCACCUCACCAAGCAAAUGGUGGUUGAUGCUCUUAAUAAAUUGUUGGCUAAGAACAAACUUCAAUUGCUGUCUAAACAAGAUGGUAGCCUCCUAUAUAAGCUGAAGGACCCUGUAUUGCUACAUAAAUUAAAAGGAGCCAAUAAAGAAGAACAGGCAGUUUAUGAGAUCAUAGAGCGGAGUGGCAGCUUUGGAAUCUGGGCUCGCAAAAUCAGGGCCGAGUCCAACCUCCAUCUGAAUGUGGUGGACCGCGUCCUGAAGAGACUUGAAAGCAAGAAAUUAAUAAAGAGCAUAAAUUCUGUGCAAGCUCCAAAGAAGAAGUUCUACCUGGUGAGCAGCAUAGAGCCUGACCACAGCCUCACUGGUGGGGCGUUCUAUUCAGACAAUCAGUUUGACAGCAACUUUGUUGAGGUUCUCAUGGACACGUGCUACAAAUAUCUGGCGACAAAGCUGAAGUCAGCAGAAGCAGAGCACGGCAAAGACGGCCCCUUGACUGUCGUGAAUGCAGCUAAGGUCACGUCUAAGGAGAUGCAGGAAUACAUCGAGCGCGUCAAGCUCGCUAAGAUCGCGCUGAGCGUGCAGGACGUGGAGAAGCUGCUAGAUACUCUCGAGCUGGACGGGGUGGUGAGGAGCUGCAGCGGGGGGUAUGGGGGCAAGGCGGGGGGUGGGGGGGUCAAGUUGUGGCGCGCUGUCCCCGACUGCACCCCCACCCCCCACCUCCUCUACGCCCCCUGCGGCGUCUGUCCGAUGGCUCACCGCUGCUGUGACAUGGGCAGCAUCACGCCCCAGUCCUGCCGCUACCUCGAGGAGUGGCUGCAGUAGGCCUGUGCUCAACCAGCCUAACGUCCACCUAGGCCUGUGUUCAACUUGCCUAACGUCCACCUAGGCCUGUGUUCAACCAGCCUAACGUCCACCUAGGCCUGUGUUCAACCAGCCUAACGUUCACUCAGGCCUGUGCUCGACCAGCCUAACGUCAACUCAGGAAUGUGCUCAACCAGCCUAACGUCCACUCAGGCCUGUGCUUAACCAGCCUAACGUCCACCUAGACGACCCUACUAGUCAACUCGCCUUCGGUCGCCUAGUCCUCGUUUGGCUGUGUAUUACCACCCAAUAAACUAUGCCUUUAGU